AUGGAAAAUGCACCAUACAAAAAUAUCACUUCGCUUCCCGAAUUUGUUGAAAAAGUACUAAGUCAUUUAAGAGUAACUUAUUAUACAAUGAUAUUAACAAUAAUUCUAUUUGAUCGUGUUAAAGAUGAAAUCAGAAAACUUCAAUCUCUCAACGAUCCAGCAAUGUGUAAUGGUAGAAUGUUUGUUGCGGUGGUAAUGGAAACUUAUCAUAUAUUGUUUGAUGAAACAUAUAA